AUAAACGUUCACAUAGAGCAGUAGCAGCACACUCUAACAACCAAUUUGCAGUCUCAUCAUCAACAGCAGAACGAGUGCUUGAGGAAUGCUGGAUUGACUGGUUUCCAAACACAAGGAAGAUGAGCAAUAAGAACCCGCUUGUAUACUUUGAUGUGUCUAUAGAUGGAGAUCCUGUUGAAAGAAUGGUUUUUGAGCUCUUCUCAGAUACUGUUCCCAAGACCGCAGAGAAUUUUCGGGCACUUUGUACAGGAGAAAAAGGGAAUAGUCAGAAAACUGGAAGACCACUACACUACAAGGGAUCUUUUUUCCAUCGCAUAAUCAAAGGAUCUUUGGCUCAGGGUGGUGAUUUUUAUAAACGUGAUGGAAGUUAUGGAGAGAGCAUAUAUGGUGGGAAAUUUCCAGGUGUGGGAUGACAUUCGUCUUAUUCUUGCUGCAUGGGAGCUAUUCUAUAAGAACAAAUGAUGAAUCUUCCAAGUUGAAACAUGAUGCCCCUGGCCUUCUGACAAUGGCAAUGGCAGAUCGUGAUUCACGUGGCUCUUUGUUUAACAUCACCUUCGCUGCUAACCGUCAUCUUGACAGGAAGUAUGUUGUUUUCGGGAAGCUUGUGCAAGGAGUUGAUGUAUUGAAAAAGAUUGAAAACGUGGGUGAUGAAGAUGGAAGACCGACUGUGACUGUGAAGAUCAUUUAUUGCGGUGAAGUUAGUGAGUGCGAGAAUCAGAGUUCUGAUAAGAAGGCAGCAGGAAAAAAAACAAAGGAUGUUUCCUCAGAGGUACACAGCCAUGAAGUAAGGCGAAAGGGGAAGCACAAGAAAUCUUCAAAGGAUAGAAGGAAGAAGAGAAGGCGAUAUUCCUCUAGUGAAUCAGACAGUUCAUCAGACAUGGAUUCAGAGUCAUCUGAUUCUGAUAGCGAGUCUGACUCUGACUCAUCCACAUCGUCAUCAUCUGAUUUUAGCUCUUCAAGUGAUGACAGACGUAAGAGAAAAAAGAGACCUUCUAAAAGGGAUCGACACAAGCGUGGUAAAAGGAGGGACAAGAGACAUGCGAAGAGGCGCAGGAAGCAUGAUAAGAAGUCCAAACGCAAAUCGAAAAGGGGCUCGGAUAGUGUUAGCGAGAGUGCAAGUGAAAAUGAACAUGGUUCUGAAGACAAUGGUGAUGCUAGGAAGCUAAAUCAGAAGCAUAAUAACUCGACUAAUAUCACUGAUGGCAAUCAGUCUCCUUCAGCUGAAGUUGAAGAUGGUUCUAGUCGUCGUAAAACUGGAGACGCAUAUGAAAGGGUAGAAGGUGAGUAUCCCAAGGAAAACGGCAAUCGACCUAGCAAUGGUGCUGAUGUGGUGAAGAUUGUUGCUGGGAGACCUGAUGUAGUAAAUGACCACCCACGCAAUUCCAGAAGUGUAAGCAAAAGUCCUCAAAAGCCUUUGAGCAAGAGCAUGAGUAUCAGUCCUAGGAGGAGCCCUAGUGUGAGCCCGAGGCGGAAAAACCGGAGCCCGUAUAGAAGUGAGAGCGGCAGCAAGAGUCCAGUUAGAAGCAUUAGCAGAAGUCCAGUAAGAGGCAAAAAGGUAAGCCCAAGCCCAAGUCCGGUUAGACCUCAUAUCCGUAAACCUGUUAACAGGAGUCCUACGCCGUCACCAUCACCACCUCGCGGUAGAAAAUCCUCACGUAAGUCAGUAAGCAAAAGCCCUGUUAGAUCUUCUAGAAUAAGUCAUAGCCGAAGCCCUGUGAGAUCUUCUAAACGAAGCUUGAGCAGAAGCUCGGGUCGGCCCCCCUUAAGGAGAAGCCCAAGCCGGAGCCGGAGCCCGGUCAGGCCACCUGCGAGGAGUAGUCGUCGUAGUUAUUCUAGAAGCCCUGUGGGUGGGCGCAGGGGUAGAUCACCCUCUAGAAGUGUUUCUCCUGAUGGACGUAUCAGAAGAGGGAGGGGUUUCAGUAAUAGAUAUUCAUAUGCACGUAGAUAUCAUUCUCCUGAUCGUUCACCACUCAGAUCUUAUCGUUAUGGCAGGACCGACCAUGACAGGUAUUCAAGCUAUAGGCGCCGCAGCCCCCUGAGGGACAGAAGUCCGCUUAGGUACAGAGCUAGAAGAAGCAGGACCCGAAGUCCAAGUGUAUCACGAAGCCCAGUCCGCCAACGUCGCCGUUACAGCCGUAGCCGCUCACCUGUCGAGACAUCUAGAUACCGGCCUUCACCGCCUGUUGAAAGGAGAAGGGCACCACGCAGCCGAACUCCACCUUCUAGAAGCAGGAGUCCAUAUGAACCAAGGUCUUCACCCUCACCAUCUCCAAGAAGGACCAGCAGGUCAAAAUCAAAGUCAAAAUCGAUAUCAAGGUCAAGGUCUAGGUCAUCUUCUGGAACCCCGCCUGCUAAGAAAGGACUUGUAUCCUACGGAGAUGGUUCUCCUGAUUCUGGUCAGAAGUGAGAAAUGAAUGUUGAUGACGGGUUUUUUUUUCUGUGCUUUUGGUAUCUUGCAGCAUUGAAUGAUUUAUGAGUAGGGUGUGAAUUGAAUAAUUGACCUUUUUCUGCAUAUUUGCUUAUGUUGCUUAGACUAGUAUGGACGAUUGGAUGUGUUUUCCGAGGUUUAGACUUCUUUGAGGAUUAUGUUUUUCAAGCUACAGUUAUCUACUUAUCUUUAUCGUGAAA